AUGGAUCAGCAAAGGAAGCAGGGGAGGACGCCAUUCACCUCCAAUAUUGCUGGAGCCCGACUGCCCGACAAUUGGAAGAAUUUGGUCUUAGAAAGAUACGAUGGAACCGCCGAUCCCGAAGAACACCUCGAUGCUUUCGUUACUCAAGUCGGUUUGUACACCGACGACGACGCGAUCAUGUGUAAAGUCUUCCCCACAUCCUUAAAAGGACCGGCUCUGAAUUGGUUCACGAGACUCCCACCAGGAUCAGUGGACUCUUUCACAACCUUGUCCUCCCGGUUCGUAAUACAAUUUGCCACAAGUCGACCCCAUCAGCUCACUUCAAUUGCAUUGGUCAAUAUCCGCCAAGAAAAGAAAGAACCCCUGAGAACCUUCAUGGAACGGUUUGGAAGAAUGACCCUCUUAAUCCGAGACCUAGACCCGGCGGUGGCCAUGCACCACCUCAUCACGACGCUGAGACCGGGCCCUUUUGUAAACAGCCUAUGCAAAAAGCCACCCCGGGAUUUGGACGAUCUUCGGCAAAGAGCUACUAAGUAUAUGCAAAUGGAAGAAUUGGCGGAGUUCAGAAACCAGAAUCGGGCCGACCUUCCCCCAGGAAAGAAAGAAGCUGAAAAGGAUCAUCUCCCAAGGCCUCGUCCCCGAGACAUGCCUGAUCGAGAUAGAACCAACAGGGGCCCCCGGUAUGCACAAUACACGCCGCUUAACGCCAGUAGGACCAAGGUGUUAGAGCAGGCAUUGGCCACAGAGAUCCUCGCGGUGCCUCGUCGCACUAUGACCCCACCCCACGCAGACAAAACCAAAACAUGCCAGUUUCACAGAAACCGGGGGCAUACCAUGGAGGAAUGCACGGCCCUCCGGGAUCGAAUUGAAGAUCUCAUCAAGUCCGGUCAUCUACAAAACUUCACCCAGCCGUCAAGCAGGAAGAGGCACGACAACUCCCAUGAUAAGAGGGAGACCGGAAGAGGUAACCGUGAAAGGGGACUUCCAAGGCGAAGGUUCAGGGAACGAAGUAGGACCCCGGAGAAAAAUGAUAGGCAGCAUGAUCGGAACCAACCCAGGAGGGUCAUAAACAUAAUUGCCAGAGGAUUCGCAGGUGGCGGAAGCACAUCUUCCGCACGAAAGAGACACCUAAGAGCAAUCAGAUCAGUUAACGCAGUGACGCAGGUAGGAUCGAUCCGUAUGCCGCCAAUUACCUUCACCGACAAGGACUUCAAGGGGAUUGAUCCGGUGCAAGACGCCCCCAUGGUCAUCAGUGUGGAGAUCAACAAUUGCAUUGUAAAGAAAACGUUGGUGGAUCAGGGAAGUUCAGCCGAUAUCUUAUAUUGGAAAACCUUCGAACAGCUAGGUAUACCCGAACAUGAGUUGACGCCUUAUAACGAGCCCUUGGUUGGAUUUUCAGGUGAAAGAGUGGAUACCCGAGGGACGAUAGACCUAUACACCUACUUCAGAGACAACCAGCCGAGGCGAAGGAUUAAAGUACGAUACGUGGUGGUGAAUGCUAACACCUUGUACAACAUCUUGUUGGGCCGACCUUCCCUGAACAAGCUCUAG